UAUCACUCCACCAUGCUGCUACCUGGCAGCAUGGCUGUAUAUCAAUAAGAGCUCCGGCUGAUUACUUGGCUUCACGAGCAAGACCACAAGACACGAUAACUUAACCAAGCGUUCUUUAUACAUCUGGGAUUUUACGUUCUAUGCUUCCUCGCAGACCGAGGCGGGGAGAGCGAUGACCCCAAGCACUCGCUCAUCGCGAAGCUCAAUGCUGACAGUUUCUCAUUCCCGUUUAGAUACAAGUUCUUUACCCAAUACUUCUUCCAAUCGGGAUGGGCGGGUAUCAUCGUUUCACCUGCGUGCGAGUGCCCCAUCACUUUUGGAGCCUGUCGCUCAUUCUAAACUCAAUAUACAUACUCCUCCUUCUGGCUCUAAGUACGUGCAGGAUCCCAAGGGCGUUCAAUGUUCUCCUUUCAGAUCGAGAGGCAGAGGAUCGCUCACCCCCGAAGCGAAUGUGCUGAGGACACCAGAGCACGGAGUGUCAGGAGUCUCCUCGAAGACUACAAAGAAGACUAGACCCAAAGUUAGGCUCCCUCUACAUUACACACCGUCUGGCUGUAACACACAGACUAUAUUGCCUGAUCGAUAUAUCCCCAUGCGAGGGUCCCACUGUGCACCUACUACACCAUUUCAUAUUAUCAAGAAACCACGAGAGUUGUCUCCCGAGGAGAAGCUGCUGCGACGACGACCGCCUAGAGAUGAUCCAUUCAUGCCAUCACACCUUCCAAGGUCCUUCAGUGAUCCAAAGCCGCCGUCUAGCCGUAUCUGCAGCACCCAUUACCGUCCUCACCUUGUCACUGAGCCUGUGCUUACCGGGAAUGAUUCGUCGCGUGAUUUGAGAGACAUGACUAGGCAGAUCAGCCAUGGAGCCGUAUGGAAUGUUGGAGGAAACUCUGCAGCGCUGGGUCGAGCAUCUCUAGCAGUUCCUCAUGGCUCAGGCACUCAUUUUGCCAGUGGCACGACCGCACCCAUGUUCACUGCUAAGUUCUUGCCCCAAACCGCGGCAACCGAGGAACGAGAAAAACACAAAUCGAGGGUGGCUCUGGCUUUGGACUUCGACCCGGCAACAAGACUUGUUAGAAAUAGUAAGCCCUGGCCAAUGCUCCGCAAGUUGCCCAGUCCAGCUUCGACAGAUUACGAGAGGUUCUCUCCGUUCGUGUGGAAGGAUAACGCCUGGAAACGGAAUGGUAGAGAUCUGUGGAUGCCGGUUUCGAGGCCGAAUAAACGAGUAGUCCCCAAUCGUCCAUUUCGCAUCCUAGAUGCACCCCUCCUUCGGGAUGAUUUCUACUGCUCGACAUUGGCUUAUUCGCCUACAUCGGGUAUUCUCGCUGUUGGGUUGGGUCAUCGCGUGUAUUUAUGGUCCGAGGAUUUUGGGGUGCAGCAUCCUCCUCUUAGCGAUCAGCACCCGUCAAACUACGUAACAUCAUUGGCAUUCUCUUCGGAUAAUGGUGGAAAGAGUAUACUGGCGGCUUCACGACAGUCGGGGAUGCUGUGUUUAUGGAGUGUCUUUGACGCCGAGGUUCGGUUUGAGAUUAGCCAUCCUGAGAGUAUUACAUGUGUGGCCUUCAAGCAGACGAAGUCCCGCCGGCUCUCGGAGAGAUUCCGUCAUAUGGAAGUUGAUGUCGAGGACCUGGCCGUUGGGGAUGACUUAGGGAACAUAUGGUAUUACUCCGUUGAGUGGCCCGAUGAUGCCAUAUUGGAUCGAUACGACUGGAGUGGAGCCAUGACUUUGCUAGCCAAAAUUGCUGCUCACACACAGCAAAUAUGUGGGAUAAGUUGGUCACCAGAUGGUUCGUUUCUUGCAACAGGGGGUAAUGACAAUUUUUGCCUGCUAUUCGAGCUCCAGACCAUUCUUCCUCCACGCGAACUCAACCUUUCUGUUCAGUCAUGUUCGUCAUACCACUCCUCACACCAAUCGACUUGCCGAUCAGGCCAGUCAGGAGGCACCGAGGGUACGGGUUCGCUUUCUCACCCUACCGAGUCGAGCAGACGCCGCCACCGAAGGCGCAGUCUCAUUGGCAACCUGCUUCCGCCCUGGGCGUUAUCCUAUGUUCGGCCUUUUGCUACAUCUCUUCUCAACCAUACAGGGUCCUUGAUUACCGGUGGUGAGAAGACCAUCAUGGUGCCAGCCAACCGUCAAAAACAUCGAUUGCUCCACGGUGCAGCGGUGAAAGCGAUUGCAUUUGCACCCUGGCAACCAUCUCUCCUGGCCACAGGCGGAGGAUCAAAUGAUCGAACUAUUCACUUCUACCAUGCUCCGACGGGGGCAUGUUUGGCCACAAUCCAUGUAUAUGCACAGGUGACAGGUUUAAUUUGGAGCAAGACCCGGCGGGAAAUUGUAGCUACAUUCGGUUUUGCACAGCCAGAGCAUCCUUACCGCAUCGCCGUGUUUGCUUGGCCCACCUGUGAGCAGAUCGCUGCAAUCCCUUGGGGUCCGCACGGCAGCAGUUGGGACAGUGCAGAUAAUGACCCCGUGGUCGAUUGCGGACGGGCACUCUGCGCUGUCAGUUACCCGGGAAGGCCCCAUAGUUUCGAACGCGGGAUAUCCGACGAGACUGACGACGCAACCACGUCGAGCGCAGCAAACCACGACCGUUUAGCAGGACAGAGCCGGUAUCAGCCAAGCCGACGCCGUACGAGUCGCGCCUUCGUACGUCCCCGCGCGAAAGAGGGAGGCUUAUGGUGUUCGCGUACAAUGCACGAAGGGUGCAUUAUCGUGGCUUCCAGCGAUCAGAGCGUCAAAUUUCAUGAGGUUUGGAGUGGAUCUAAGCAAAGCACCGCCGCAGUGGCGGGCUCAUUUGGGGGUAGUGGCAUCCUCGAGGGCUUGGAAGGUUUAGAGAAACCAGGGGAUGAGAUCAUUCGUUAA